UCACCGACGCUACAAAGAUGUCUGACGAUGAGUUUCUUAUGGACGAUGCGGCGGACGAGGACUACGACUUUGACUAUGAGGAAGACGAUGCCGAGGACGAGGCCGAUGCAGACAUCGAGAACAUGUACUACAAUGCCAAGGCGAAGAAGCUCGAGGACGUAGACGGCGCAUUAGACGACUUUGCGAAAGUCGUCGAAAAGGAGGGCUCGCAGAAGGGCGACUGGGGCUUCAAGGCACUCAAGCAAAUGACGAAGCUCAACUUCCGCCGUGGAAGGCAUUCCGAUGCACUCAAGACGUACACCCAACUGCUCAGCUAUACCAAGAGCGCUGUGACCAGAAAUUACAGCGAGAAGUCCAUCAAUGGAAUCCUCGACUACGUUUCUGCGGACACUUCUUCUACAACACAGGAUGCGGCCAAAAUCGACCUUGCGACGAUGGAGCAGUUUUAUGACGUGACCAAAAAGGCGCUCGAAGAGUCAAAGAACGAGAGGCUGAGUGUGAAGACAGACCUGAAGCUCGCUCGCCUCUGGCUUGCGAGGGGCGAGUACGGGAGGUUGAACACAAUUCUGAAGGAUCUCCGGGCACACUGCACCACUGCCGAUGGCGCAGACGACCAGUCCAAGGGUACGAUCCUUCUCGAAAUCUUUGCUCUCGAGAUCCAGAUGUAUGGCGAGACAGGUAACUUCAAGAAGCUCAAGGAAACGUACGAUGCCACAUUGCAAGUCAAGAGCGCCAUUCCCCACCCACGCAUCAUGGGCAUCAUCCGCGAGUGCGGCGGCAAGAUGUACAUGUCUGAGAAAAAUUGGGAGGCAGCCCAGAUCGACUUCUUUCAGGCUUUUCUCAGCUAUGACGAAGCGGGCAGCCCGCAGAGGAUCCAGGUGCUCAAGUACCUCGUUUUGGCCCACAUGCUCAUGGGGAGCGACAUUAACCCGUUCGACAGCCAAGAGACAAAGCCAUACAAGAAUGAUCCCGAGAUCGUAGCAAUGACGGACUUGGUGUCUGCCUACCAGCGCCGCGAGGUGCACGAGGCCGAAAGGAUCCUGCGCGAGAACAAACGGACAAUCAUGGACGACGCCUUUAUUCGUGCAUACAUCGACGAUGUCCUCCGUGGCUUGAGGACCCAGUACCUCAUCGACCUCAUCAAGCCAUACACGAGAAUCGAGCUGGGCUUUCUGGCGAGGCAGCUCAAUGUCACGCCAGCCGAGGUCGAGGCGCUGCUCAUGACUCUCAUCCUCGACGGCAAGAUCGCAGGCAAGAUCGACCAGGUGCAUGCUCGCCUCGAGCUUGACAAUGGCGCACGCCGUGGCGGCGAUCUCAACGAGAAACGGUACAAGGCCCUGGAUCGGUGGGCACGGGAGGUGGGCAACCUGAGUGCCACGGUCCAGGACAAGCAUGGCGGAGGGGCGGGGGGCGGUUCAAGCGCAACACAGGGCGCUUUCGGCGGCCUUGGCCGAUUGGCCAUGGGCAUCGGGCCUGGCCUUGCCUGACCUUCGGAACCGAUCAAACAAACGACCAACUGUAUCAUGACAUAGUACACUUUCAUUCCCCUUCUACCUCUUUACAAUCUUCACGCUCUACAAGUCU